ACUAACUAUAGUGUCUGCUAUGUAGUGGUACUUUUUACUGUAUUCUAAUGCCUUUAAUUUGGCAAUCAAUCAGUGUUUUUAUCCACCUCUAUCACUCCUUUUCAGUCGUAAAUAGUCUUAAUUUCAUCCAACUUUACGACUUUGACAGUAAUGAUGAAAGUUUUCGUUUCUGUAUUUUAAUGAUAUGACAACUAACUGAUUGUUGACACUAUUAUUUCCCACUGUUGAUGAUUAUACAACUCGUUGUCCUCCCUACUCCCUCCCUCCCUGGCCAGGUUCAUGUUGUGAAUGGCCACCGGCAGCUCCUGCUUCCCGUCAAGUGCCACUGGUGUAUGCAGACGUUUGUCAGUGAGCUCAUCAUGAAUAUGCACAUGUCUGAGGCUCACGCAGUUCCCCUGAACCAAACUGUGGCUCCUCCUGGCAACAAGAGCUACCACCACCUGGCCCCUCCCCCUCCCCACUACAUGGAGGGGAUGGACAGUGACUCUGUCACCGUGGUGCUUGAGGGCAUGGACGGGGAGGAUGUGUUUGACACACAUCACCACCACAACCCGCACACACACAGGCGCAUGCUUGACUCGCGCGAGAUGCUGGAGACGCACGAGGCUGCCAGUUUCAUAGAAGACCUGGAGGAGCAGCAUGAAGAGACCAUCAUCUACUUCAACAACCAAAACAGAGUGGUCAGCAUCCCAGCUGGACAGCACGGCGAGAUGUUUGAGGAGGUCCAGCUGCUGGGCGAGUCGGCGGAGGAGCUGGGCCUGCAGGGCGUGGACUACCUGGAGACUCUGAGCAACGACAGCAUUGCCGUGGCCGCCGACGUUGUGGCCGAUGUGAUGGAGGACAUGGCCCGGCCCGGCCUCUCGACGGACGUCAUGGCCGCAAUGGCCGGCACAGGGGGCACUACUGUUGUCACACAGGUGAAUCAAACAGAGGACAUUCUGUACCCGGUGAACCAGCUGGAGGUGGACGGCGUCAUGUACGAGUUCACCAACAGCCCGGGACCCUCAGGGGGUCAGGGUUCGGUGCCUCAGCAGUACGAGGUGGUGGCCCAGGACAACCACGGUGGCUUACACGGUGGAGAGGAGACCAUCACCAUCGACGCGGCAGACAUAGCACACCUGUUUCAGCAACAGGGGCUUCGGCACAGUUCCUUGUAGUAGUCGCAAUAGCUUUCAUAUUGUUUUGCAGGGUUGCUUCUUUUUCUGGGAGUGAACAUUUGUUGUGCUUACAUGGCCGAAUGAAGUGGAUGAUGCCGUAAACCAUAUAGGCCUACUUGAAGGGAAAUGUAGAAAAUGAAAUCAUGUGAAGUUUAUCUUGUUUUGAAAGACUUGAUGUAUUUAAAAGUGCAGGGGUACGGGUAAAACUCCUCCUAUAAGAGUCUGAUUAUCAGUGAGGUUGUGAUCAUUUUCACACUUUAAAAGACCAAAAAAAAAACUCCCCCAAAAAACCUCAACAUAACCAGCAUGAAGGAAGGAAAUCAAUUUCUGUCAUGGCUGCAAACAUUGCUGUCCCUAUCCGUACGCUCUGGGAUCAUUUUGUACCCCCGGGUUGUAUUCUUCACAUUUUAGAACACU